CACAGAUUGAAUUGCGUUCUGGAAAAUUUUAGCCAAUUGGUUUUGCAUUCUCACUUUAAGGAGAAUAACCUGUAUACUUUGCUUGUUUCGUAUAGAUUCUUGGUUCCGAGAGACAUGUCUGUCGGGCAGUUUAUUCAUAUCUUAAGCAGCAGGCUACACUUGACUCCUGGGAAAGCUCUUUUUGUCUUUGUGAAGAAUACGUUACCGCAAACAGCCAGUCGUAUGGAUUCCAUCUACGAAAAUUACACGGAGGAUGAUGGUUUUCUGUAUAUGUGUUAUAGCAGCGAGAAAACCUUCGGCUGAUCCUUCCAUCUCCUCCCCUAAUUUAUCAAAUCGUUCAUAUUAGCAACUUGUAAGUAUCUGUUGUUAACUUGUUCUCAUUGCGAAGGGGCCUGUGAGGCUUGCUUCACUGUAUCCUUUCAUGUUCAUUGUAAAUUUGAUUUAUUGUGAAUUCUGUAAAAGUUCAUAACAUUCAAUAAUUCCAUAUUUUCUUUCCAAUCU